CUGUAUUUGACGUCAAACUUUUGAGCGACAUGGAGAAGAACAAGCUCGCCAAGCGCGAACGAAAUGAUCCCCUGGCGAACUCAUGAACCCCUUUCUGUCACCCUCUGGAGGCCCCACGUGCGGCCCCUGUGUAAGGCAUCGCCAUGGCGCCGCGGCCUAAAUAGAUCUGCCGCUCCAUGUUCCAGAACCUCAUCUGCACUGUGAUAUAUUCUUCGCCACCUGGGCAUUUUAUCUAUCCAUUGCUAUGAGCUAUCGUUAAUCUCAUCACCUACAGAGGCAAUUAGUCGCCGAUUCCAUGGCUUCUGUCUCCACCAUGCCUCUCCCAAUCCCUCCGCGAACCCCGACUCCUCCCCCUGAUGACGGGACCGACCCUCACUUUGAACCCUACAUUACCCCAGCUGAAUUCAAUCCCGACGCUCUAUCCCCAUUGUCGGGUGCCUUUCCAUCCCAGAAAUAUGGCUCUCUUACAGCUGCAAGCUCGAGUGUGGCUCCAUCGCCCCGGAGCCCACUUACUCCGGCGACGGGGAACUCAUUGUACACGCCAUUGGCGGUGCCGAACGACAAUGAGGGUCUGAAGAGCGGGACGAGUGAUAGCUUCAAGAAUCCAUUCAACUUCCAGACGGUUCAAUAUACCGCUGGAAGAGCAGCGCCGCCCAAUGCAGCGAAGUCGGACCUUGGACGACGUCGCGGACACAAAUACAAGCACUCCUCUGUCUCCCAUCAGAUCAUCCUCGAGCCUCCUCCCAACCGGACACCUCUCCAGAUCCCCACAUCCUUACCGAUCCCUACCAUGGCCGAGUUCCGCCACAGCAUGUCCCUUGACCAACGAACGCGCCUUGUCUGGUGCUGCUGUCAUCUUGCCGUCGCCGGAUAUGUACAAUGGACGUCCAAAGGAAGCCUUGCCACAACCGCGCUCUCGCAUCUUCUGUUCUUCGACGCCCUGGGCGCGUUCCUCUGUGUCGCUGUGGACGUUGCCCGGGGGUUUGAUGUCUGGGGACGUAGCUCGGUGGCCCACCCGUUCGGACUGUCCAGACUCGAAAUCUUGACAUCGCUUGCCAUGUCUGUUGGACUGCUCUUCAUGGGCAUCGACAUCAUUUCUCACUCAUUGACGCAUUCCCUGGAGGCUGUCGGUCCCCAUGAGCCACAUACUGAUAACCAUGGCUCGGGCCAUCUCCGUGUCCCGGCUUACUCCAUCGAUUUUGCCGCCGUGGCCGCAAUUGCCGCAAGCCUCGUCUCGGCGACACUGCUGAAGAACCACGCCAGAAUCGGUCGAACAGUGAAAUCCUCCACCUUGUUCUCCGCCCUCCCUUUCACGCUUCCUUCCAUCCUCGCAAACCCAUCUCACCUUCUCACGCUCUCCUGCGCCGCCCUGCUGCUCAUUCUCCCUCUCCUCGGCCUCCCAAUCACACCAUUCGCCGACGCAGCCCUGGCCGUCCUCACCGCGGCGAGCAUGAUGACCCUCGGUGGACGCCUCUGCGUGGCGCUGGGUCGGAUCCUACUCAUGUCCUGCCCUGGCGCUGGCGGCGCCAAUGCCGUGCACGAAGUAGUUGAAGCGAUCCGACGAGACGACGCUGUCCGAGAUGUGGAAGAUGCGAGGUUCUGGCAGGUACACUACGAACUGUCCAUGGCGAAUCUGAAGGUCGCGGUGGAGGGGAGAAGGAAAGAUGAGGUUCCGCGGUUGAGGGAGAGGGUGGUGAGCUUGGUUCGGAAUCGAUUGGGAGGGGGAUAUGGAGGGGGGAAAGGGGCUAUCAAGUGGGAGGUGAGCGUCCAGGUGAAAUUGGUUAGUGACUGAACACGAUACCCCUAUGACGAGAGGAGGGUUUGGCGUUAUGACUUAUUAUGAUUUCUUGCAUGAUGGACUGGACUGGCUGGCAUUGUUUUCCUGUAUCUACCUACUAUUCUAGAUAUACAAUACUGUAUUCAUACUUG